AUGGACCUGGACCCCGAGGGCAUCUUCCGCGACGACAGCGACGAGGACGACGACAACCUCCAUGAGAGGGAGGCCAACAAGGAGAUGGUCGUCUACCUCAUAGACGCCUCGCCCAAGAUGUUCACACCCGCCAACGCCGCCAAGCCAGAUGAAAAGCAGGAGACACAUUUCCAUACCAUAGUGAACUGCAUCACGCAGUCUCUGAAGACGCAGAUUAUCGGGAGAUCCCGUGAUGAAGUUGCAAUAUGCUUCUUUAACACCAAAGAAAAGAAAAAUUUACAGGAGCUGGCUGGUGUAUAUGUUUACAAUGUCACAGAAAGAGAGCAACUUGAUAGACCUGAUGCAAGACUGAUUAAAGAAUUUUCUUGUGUAGAAGAUUCUUUUAUGAAUACCAUUGGAAGCCGGUAUGGAAUAACCUCUGGAUCUAGAGAGAAUACCCUGUACAAUGCUCUUUGGGUUGCACAGGCACUGCUGCGUAAAGGAUCUGUGAAGACUGUGAGUAAGAGAAUCCUCAUAUUCACCAAUGAGGAUGAUCCUUUUGGUGGUAUUACAGGAGCAGCAAAGACUGAUAUGAUUAGGACCACAAUUCAACGUGCAAAAGAUGCACAAGAUCUGGGCCUGUCUAUCGAACUUCUUCCAUUGAGUAGGCCUGAUGAGGAUUUCAACAUGUCCCUGUUUUAUGCAGAUUUGAUUGGUCUGGAGGGAGAUGAAGUACUGCAGUAUGUGCCAUCUGCUGGUGAAAAGCUGGAGGAUAUGACUGAUCAACUGAGAAAGCGAAUGAUGAAAAAGCGCAAAGUCAAAACUCUCUCAUUUGCAAUUACAAAUGAUGUUUGCAUAGAGGUGAACACAUAUGCGUUAAUCCGUCCAACUGCUCCAGGGACGAUCAUGUGGCUUGACUCGAUCAGUAACCUUCCGUUAAAGACUGAAAGGUCAUUCAUAUGCAAUGACACCGGGGCCCUUCUUCAGGCUCCCCAAGAGCGCUUCCAGCUAUACAAUGAUAAAGUUGUUAAAUUUUCUGUUCGUGAAUUGUCUGAUGUGAAGAGGGUUUCAAGUCAUCAUCUUCGCCUUUUAGGGUUCAAGCCAUUGGAUUGCUUAAAAGAUUAUCAUAACUUAAGUCCAUCAACAUUUAUUUACCCCAGUGAUGAGCAAAUAUUCGGAAGCACUCGUGUGUUUGUUGCUUUACAUAGCUCGAUGCUGCGUCUUGGAAGGUUUGCACUUGCGUUUUACGGGACCCCAACUCGCCCACGGCUUGUAGCCCUUGUUGCACAAGAAGAGGUUAUUUCUUUGAGUGGUCAAGAUGAGCCACCUGGAAUGCACAUGAUCUAUCUUCCAUAUUCGGAUGAUGUUAGAUAUCCUGAAGAGGUUCAUCUGACUUCUGGGGAUGCACCUCGCGCUACAGAUGAGCAAAUAAAGAAAGCUUCGAAUCUGUUGAGACGUAUUGACCUGAAGCAUUUCUCAGUAAGCCAUUUUGCUAACCCAGGAUUGCAAAAACACUAUGGGAUUUUGGAGGCCUUAGCUUUAGGUGAGGAUGAGAUGCCGGAUAUAAAGGAUGAGACCCUGCCCGAUGAAGAAGGCUUGGCUAGGCCAGGAGUAGUUAAAGCUAUAGAAGAAUUUAAGGCUGCAGUGUUUGGUGAAAAUUAUGACCAAGAGGAAGCUGAGGCAGCAGCAGCAAAAGGUGGGGCCUCAAAGAAGAGGAAAGCAAUUGCUGAUGCAGCUUCACAGAAAAGCGCGGCCUAUGAUUGGGCAGACCUUGCAGAUAAUGGGAAGCUGAAGGACAUGACGGUGAUGGAUUUGAAAACUUACCUGACGGCGCAUGGCCUCCCAGUUUCUGGCAAGAAAGACGCCAUCAUCAGCAGGAUCUUGACUCAUCUAGGCAAGUGA